AUGAUCCAUGAACGAGCUACCAGGACAAGACGACAAGCCCUGAUGCUCAUUGCUCGGCUGAAGGGUCAACUGGCAAGGAAGAAGGAUUCAAUUAGCAGCUCAACAGAUCAAAGUCAGGCAAAUCAGCUGAAGCGUCUUGACAUCAAGCCAUUCGAUGGGAAACCGGAGGAAUGGAAGGCGUUCAGUGACCUUUUCUUGUCACUGGUGGGAAAUGUCACGUCAAUUCCACCAGUACAGAAAUUGGUGAGACUUAAGGGAUGCCUGAGAGGUCCUACAGCAGCUCUCCUCUCUACCUUUCAGGCCAAGGAUGAAAACUACGAAAAGGCUUGGCAGAAACUCACCAGGAAGUACGAGGACCCUAGACUCGUCGCUCUGUCGCUAUUCAACAGAAUCCUGACGCUGCCGAAAAUCACCCAAGCAACAGAAGAGAACCUCAGCGCCAACGGAGCAGCAGCAUUGGAGACCCUCGAUCAAUUACAAGACGUGACGGGGCUAACGACAGACAGCAUGGCUCAACAGCUGAUAGCCCAUUUACUUAGUAGAUCUUUUGAUGCAGAGACACUCAAGCAGUGGGAACUAAAGCUGGGAGACUCAAAGGAUUUCCCGAGCCUUAAGGAGUUCGUGGCAUUCAUCGAGGCCUACGGCAGAGGGAUCAACGCAGGUGCCAAGCUGCUAUCAUCAAAGGAAAUCAACGCAGCCACGAAGAAGUCAGCUCCAACAAAGAAAAGGAGCACCUAUGCAGCAGCAACUCACCAGCAGGAAAUUAAGGAGCCAGAACGACAACUUCCAAGGAACUGCUGUGCCUACUGUCAGGACAAGCAANAGCCCAUUUACUUAGAGUUCGUGGCAUUCAUCGAGGCCUACGGCAGAGGGAUCAACGCAGGUGCCAAGCUGCUAUCAUCAAAGGAAAUCAACGCAGCCACGAAGAAGUCAGCUCCAACAAAGAAAAGGAGCACCUAUGCAGCAGCAACUCACCAGCAGGAAAUUAAGGAGCCAGAACGACAACUUCCAAGGAACUGCUGUGCCUACUGUCAGGACAAGCAAUUUAUCGCAUCCUGCCAGAAGUUCAUCGAGCUCACCCCAGCGAAGAGAAACGACGUCGUUAUCAACAAGGGGCUGUGCUUGAACUGGUUGGGGCCACACACGAAGGCCAAGUGCACGUCGGACAAGAAGUGCCACAAAUGUAGCAGAUUUCACCACACUCUUAUCCAUGGAGGGAGUUCAUGGACGAUGAACCCGCCUCCAGCCCGACGCACUCAAGCUGAACCCGUCCAGACUACUGGCACAUCCAGGCAGCAAGAGGAUCACGGGAACAGAGAAGCAGAUCAACAGUCAGUGCUGUUGGCAACAGCACGAGUGAAAGUAAUAUCACCGAGAGGAUUCACGACAAAAGCCAGAGCACUCAUCGACCAGGGUUCAGAAAGAAGAGCAUCAACAGUGGAGCUAGUGGGAAUUGGUGGAAUUAAUUCAGGAUACACCAGAGGAAUAGUUUCCGUCACUCUACAAUCGAACAGUGGGACUCAUCAACUGCAACUCAACGCCCACAUUCUAAAGAAGCUCACCGCAAUAAUUCCGUCAUUUUCAUGCUCAUCAGCGAGGAUCGGCUCACUUCAGAAUCUUCAGCUAGCCGAUCCCCAUUAUCUAAGGCCUGGACCAAUCGACAUCAUACUAGGGGCUGACAACUAUGGGCGGAUCAUCAUGGAUGAUGUUGUCAAGUCAGAGCAAUCGAGAGUAGUUGGCCAACGCACAGUAUUCGGUUGGAUAUUAUCCGGACCAAUCGAAUGCACAAAUUGUUCAAUAAAGGUAUCUCUAUCAGCUGUACGAGAAUCUUCGAUUGACCAACUUCUAGAGCUUCUCCAGAAAUUUUGGGUCCAGGAAGAACUGCCAAACGAGAGAUCAUCAACAUCAGAGCUUUCACCAGAUGAGUACGAGUGCGAGAUGCACUUUAGAGCAACUCAUAGUAGAGACAACACCGGGCGAUACAUCGUGAGACUGCCCCUCAAAACUUCAGCAGCAGCGCUCGGAGAAUCGAAAUUCAAAGCAGCACGUCAACUCAAAUCGAUCGUGAGUCGACUCAACACAGAUCAAGCAUACUCCCAGUUGUACAGAGAGUUCAUCAACGAGUACGCAGCACUGGGACACAUGAGAAUAGCACCAGAGACUCCAGAACCCGUGCCAGCUUACUAUCUACCACAUCACGGGGUACUGAGAGAGGAGGCCAUCACAACGAAGCUGAGAGUCGUAUUCAAUGGCUCCAGCCCCAGUUCAUCAGAACGAUGCAAUGGUUAUCCUGACUUGAUAAGAGUUCACCAAGAUGACUGGGAUCUUCAGAGAAUCCUGUGGAUCGACGAGAAUCAACAACCAGUCACCUAG